UUUUGCUUUAGUCACCUCAAAAACCAAUGAAGCAGCAUCUUCUAGGAAACAGAGCCCAGAGAUAGAGAGAGGGGGUGAGUUUGAUUUAGAGAGCUAAACUGCUCUGUUUCCUUUAGUUCCCUGUUCUUAAGACUGUUUCAAAGAUAAGAACUGGCUGCUGUAAUGACGUCUUCGCUUAGUAGAGACCUCAUCUUUUUGAUUUUGCAGUUUCUUGAUGAAGAAAAGUUUAAAGAAACUGUUCACAAGCUCGAGCAAGAAUCGGGGUUGUUCUUCAAUGCAAAGUACUUUGAGGAGCUUGUGCUGGGUGGCAACUGGGAUGAGGUUGAGAAGUAUCUAUCUGGGUUUACCAAAGUGGAUGAUAAUCGUUAUUCGAUGAAGAUAUUUUUUGAAAUUCGCAAGCAAAAGUACCUCGAGGCGUUGGAUAAGCUUGAUCGGACCAAGGCUGUAGAUAUCCUCAUGAAGGAUCUGAAAGUUUUUGCCUCUUUUAAUGAAGACUUGUUUAAAGAAAUUACCCAGCUGCUCACAUUGGAUAAUUUUAGGGAAAAUGACCAGCUCUCCAAUUAUAGAGAUACAAAGUCAGCAAGAGCAAUAAUGUUGAUUGAGCUCAAGAAGCUUAUUGAGUCAAAUCCCCUUUUCCGUGACAAAUUGCAGUAUCCUAACAUAAAAAAUUCAAGAUUACGAAUGCUUAUCAACCAAAGCUUGAAUUGGCAGCAUUCGCUUUGUGGUAAUCCAGGGCAAAACCCUGAUAUAAGAACCCUCUUUUACGAUCACAGUUGUAGAAAUGCUAAUCAUGCGUAUCCCCAACUAGCAGCAAACAAUCACCUCAUAGCUUCUGCACCAAAGUCUGAAGGUUUUCUCCCAAUAGUUGCAAAUGGGUCAUUCCAACCAGCACCGGCUCCGGCACCGGCACCAGUUCAAACACCCUUAACAGCAUGGAUAUCCAAUCCCACAACUGUAACUCAUCCAGUAGUUCCUGGAGUUGGACUAAAUUUCAUCAGCCCAAAUCCAGUGUCAGGUAUAGCUGCAAUGCCAAAAGGUCCUGGCGAUUCUGAUGUGUCAAGGCCAAGAUUUUCUGGGGCUUUGGACAGGCAGGUAAUGUUGACAGGAAAUAAUUCUGGUCAAAAUCAUCAUGGCCUGGCCUUUAACAUAACCGAAGAGUUGCCCAGGAAUGUGGCAUGUACAUUAAAUCAAGGCUCGGCUCCCACAAGCAUGGACUUCCAUCCUCUUCGACAGACUCUACUUCUGGUUGGGACUGCUAUUGGAGACAUUAGUUUGUGGGACGUUAGUUCUAGGGAGAAGUUGGUCUCUAAAAGUUUUCAGGUAUGGGAUAUUGGAGCAAUUUCAAUGGUAUUGAAGGCAUCCUUAGUCAAAGACGCAUCUGUCUCAGUUAAACGUGUAUUAUGGAGUCCUGAUGGUUCUUUAUUUGGGGUUGCGUAUUCUAAGCAUAUGGUGCAGUUAUACACUUGUUAUGGUGGACAUGAUAUUCGGCAUCAUAUAGAGAUUGAUGCUCAUGUUGGAAGUGUAAAUGAUCUAGCAUUUUGCAACCCCAACAAGCAAUCUGUUAUCACUUGUGGUGAUGACAAGACCAUCAAGGUGUGGGAAGUGGCCACUGGUGCCAAAUUGUAUACGUUUGAAGGUCAUGAAGCUCCUGUUCAUUCGAUCUGUCCCCAUUCCAGGGAAACUGUUCAUUUUGUCUUUUCAACAUCACUGGAUGGGAAAAUAAAGGCAUGGUUGCAUGGCGUGAUGGGAUCUAGGGUUGAUUAUGAUGCUCCUGGUCGAUCAUGCUCCACAAUGGCAUAUAGUGCUGAUGGGAAAAGGCUAUUUUCAUGCGGGACCAGUCAAGAUGGGGAGUCACACAUGGUGGAAUGGAAUGAAAAUGAAGGUACUAUUAAGAGAACCUACCAAGGAUUUCAAAAGCGUUCCUUGGGUGUUGUUCAAUUCGAUACUACCAAGAAUAGGUUCUUGGCUGUUGGUGAUGACUACUCAAUCAAAUUCUGGGAUAUGGAUAACCCUUCUCUUUUGACAACCAUUGAUGCGGAGGGAGGCCUGCCAACAAGUCCACGUAUUCGAUUCAAUAAAGCGGGCAACCUAUUGGCUGUUUCCGCAAAUGAUAAUAGAAUCAAAAUCUUGGCAACAGUUGAUGGUCUCUGUUUGAUGCGCACCUUUGAAGGCCAUUCUCUGGUUGCCUCGAGACUUGGAAUUGCAUCUGAGGCACUGAUAAAGAAUGGUGACACCAGAAACUCAGAAGGUGUAAAACCAAGGGUGCCUGAAGAAGCACACCCACCAAAGAUAUGGAAGCUCACUGAGAUUAAUGAUCCUUCCAAGCUUCAUUCGCUGAGACUCUCAGCUCGUGUUAAAACAGAUAAGAUCGCGAGGUUGGUCUACACAAAUUCAGGCACUGCCAUCUUGGCACUUGCAUUAAAUGCAAUUCAUCUACUUUGGAAGUGGCCUCGAAAUGACCUGAAUUCGAGUGGGAAGGCAACAACCAAGGCUACCCCUCAAUUGGUGCAACAAGCAUCUGGCAUAUUAAUGACCAAUGAUCUCAUGGAUGCUAGACCAGAAGAGGCUGUGCCAUGUUUUGCUCUGUCGAAGAAUGAUUCCUAUAUCAUGUCUGCCUCGGGGGGGAAAAUUUCCUUGUUCAACACAAUGACAUUCAAGACUAUGACAGCAUUCAUGCCUCCGCCACCUGCAGCGACGUAUCUUGCGUUCCAUCCUCAAGAUAACAAUAUUGUUGCAGUGGGAAUGGACGAUUCCACAGUACACAUAUAUAAUGUUCGUGUGGAUGAGGUCAAGAGCAAGCUUAAGGGUCACUCUAAGAGAAUCACUGGUCUUGCCUUCUCUAGUGUGCUGAAUACACUUGUUUCCUCUGGCGCAGAUUCUCAGGUUAUCGUGUGGAGCAUUGAUAGGUGGGAAAGGAAGAAAAAUUGUGUCUUGCAGGUUCCAGCUGGAAGGACACCUGCAGCAAUGUCAGACACCCAAGUUCAGUUUCACCAAGAUCAAGUCCAUUUGCUUGUUGCACAUGACACUCAGCUUGUCAUUUAUGAAACAACAAAACUUGAAUGCUUAAAACAGUGGACCAUUGGAGAGUUUUCAGCACCAAUCUCGCAUGCAACAUUCUCUUGUGAUAGCCAGUUAGUUUAUGCUAGCUUCCUGGAUGGAACUCUGCGUGUAUUUAGUGCAUCAAAUCUUCAAGUGAGAUGCCAGAUUAAUCCCAAUUCCUAUCUUCCAUCAGAUGUCAGUUCUACUGUAUAUCCUCUAGCAAUUGCUGCACAUCCCCAAGAACCUAAUCAGUUUGCCAUAGGCCUAACAGAUGGCAGUGUUCAAGUUUUCGAGCCUCUUGAGUCUGACGGCAAAUGGGGCGUUCCCCCACCUGCUGAAAAUGGGACAUCAGGUAGCAUGCCUUCCACUACCGCACCUCCAGCUGUUGCUUUAGAUCAACCCCAGAACAUGGAGUGAACACAUCAACAUCUCCGUUUACUCAUAUAAAUCAGUUGAAGGAACUUAUAUGUAAUAUGUAGGAAACUUGGUAAGCCUUUAAUAGCAAGCUUUCUUUCAUGCA